UCCUGCUUCGCUCGCCAGUCGCACACUCUUCAAGCUGCCUCCCUUCGCCAAGCUUCAACUUCAGGACAUCUCUCUCUCUACCUCUCUCCACAGCUUCGUCAACGGGCAAGCGAUGCGACCUCCGCGGGGUGGCGGCGGGUUCAGGGGCGGCAGGGACGGCGGGUUCAGGGGUGGCAGAGACGGCGGCCGCGGGAGGGGAAGCGGCGGGCGCUUCGGCGGUCGCUCCGGCGGCGGCCGAGGAGGUGGCGGCGGGUUUCGCGACGAAGGGCCCCCGAGUGAAGUCGUAGAGGUUUCAUCAUUUCUCCAUGCAUGUGAGGGCGACGUGGUCACCAAGCUUACCAAUGAGAAAAUUCCCUACUUCAAUGCUCCAAUCUAUUUGCAAAACAAGACUCAAAUCGGCAAAGUCGAUGAGAUAUUUGGUCCCAUCAACGAAUCUUACUUCUCUAUCAAGAUGAUGGAAGGUAUCAUUGCUACUUCAUACUCACUGGGUGAUAAGUUCUACAUUGACCCGGCUAAGCUCUUGCCCCUUGCAAGAUUCCUUCCGCAGCCAAAGGGAGCUGCUGGUAGAGGUGGAGGUCGUGGUGGAGGCAGAGGAGGCGGUAGAGGUGGUGGCCGUGGAGGCGGUGGCUUUCGUGGACGGGGUGCUCCAAGGGGUGGGAGAGGUGGCCCUAGGGGUGGUCGUGGUGGUGGUUUCAGGGGCAGAGGGAGAUUUUAGGCCAUCUUCUCAUCGCAUUACCCGUGCUCUUCUCAUUUCGAGUUGUCAUUCGUGCAUACAGGAUAUCAAGCUUUGCCGAUGUUCUUUUCAAACGCUCUCUUUGUUUUUAGUGAACAAUCAAGCCUAUCCAGAAAAUUAUGGUGAUUAUUGUUCUUUUUAUUAGGCUCGGAAGUGUGCUUUCCUUGACUAA